AUGAUUGUUUUGUUAAGAAAAAAUAAUUUAAAAAACACGUUGAGGCUAUUUCCCCUAGGUUGUAAUAAUAAACUUGUAUUUAUGAGAGGGUACAUAAAUGAGCAGACCAAGGGACCUAUAGAAAAAAAAACGACUGAUAAUAAUGAAAAAAUGUUAUUAAAUAAAACCUUAGAAGAUGUGAAAGUUUCUAAGGAAAAUUCUUGCAAUGCUUUAUUUGAUGAAUGCUUAGAAGAAUUAUAUAGAAUGAAAAAAAAAGUUGAUAAGGAAAGUGUAGAAUAUGAUAACUCUCCUAUUAUUGAAGAAUUAAAUAGAGAAGAAUUAAAAAUAACAAGAAAUAUAUUUGAAAGAAUUAAUAAGAAAAAAAAACAUGUUUCUAAUUUAAGUUAUAAAGAUAUAUACAUUGAUCCAUAUUGGAAUCCAUUCAAAGAUGUAGAUAAUUUAAAACAAGAAAUUUUAUAUGAAUUUAAUGAAUAUUCAAAAAUGGCAAGUAUUGUUGAAUUAAAAAAACAAAGAAGAGCUAUAAAAAAAUCAUUAAAGGAACAAUAUAAAUUAUAUAAUCCUUAUUCAGAAGAAUAUAAUAAACAUUUUAAUUUAAAUAUGGAUAAUGAUGUAAAAGAACAACAAAUGGAAUGCCAUGAUAAAGAUGAAAAAUAUUGGAAUCCAUCAUUUAAUAAAAGAAAAAUAUUAAAUAUAAAAAGUCCAUUUAUAUGGAGAUAUACACAUUUAUUACAUCAUUUUAUAGGUGAAAAUGGGUUAAUAUUACCUAGAAAAAUUAAUAUGACAACAAGAAAACAACAAAUACAAAUAUUUAAAUCAAUAUGUAUAGCUAGAAGAAUGGCCUUAUAUCCAUAUGAUAAAAAACCUGAAAAGGAUGAUCUCAUUCCUUUAAUGGACCCCUUACAAUUUUUAUUAGAUGAAUUAAUUCAUAGAUAUAUACAAUUAAAUGAUUUAAGAGCACAGGCAAUCAUAAAAGUUAUGAUAAAUAGAUAUCCUUCUCUUAAUUAUUACAAAUAUUUUUUCUAUGAAUCAAAGAAGGAAAAAGAUAAAAAUGAAAAGACUGCACAGAAUGAACAAGAAGAAAAUGUAAGCGAAAAAAAGGAACCAUUCUCACAAAUGUUACAAAAGUAUAAGAAAAAUUACUAUGAAAAUUUUUAUAAAUAUUGA